AGACGGGAUGAAAGUCAAUUGGCUAGGAGGUCCAAGCCCCGCACACUGAACGCUUCUAUUAAGGUGCAUAAAUCAAGACGAAACCAUUUCAAUGUUUAUUUUGUCAACGUUUGAAAACAGAGAAAAUACCAUUUAGUAUAGAAGUCUAUCCCUGGAACCAUCUAAAACCGUUAUAAAACUUCCGAGGCUGGACACGUUGUAACCGGUCGGAAAGAUGAAGACCUCAAGAUGGUGGCAGCAAUGUUCAGUCAUCAGCUUCCUGUUAGCUGUUUGGCUUCCAGCCUGGAUCAUGGCCCAGACAACGCCCCCUACCCAGGGCACCACCUCUCCCAAACCCCAGAAUGACCGGCUGCAGUUUCGUCUGGUGGGGUACCCCCGGAAGCACAACGAGGGGCGCAUCGAGGUCUUCUACAAGGGAGAGUGGGGGACCAUCUGUGAUGAUGACUUCUCUCUGUCCAAUGCCAACGUCCUCUGUCGCCAGCUGGGCUUCGUCUCCGCUACGGGGUGGACACAUAGUGCCAAGUACGGCAAGGGACUAGGGAAGAUCUGGCUGGAUAAUGUGCAGUGUAACGGAGGAGAGAAGAGCAUUGAGCUGUGUAAAUCUCGGGGUUGGGGCAACAGUGACUGUACACACGAUGAGGACGCUGGAGUCGUCUGCAAGGACGAGAGGCUUCCUGGUUUUGUCGACUCCAACAUCAUCGAUGUGCAGAUGGAUGAGAACAAGGUGGAGAAGGUGCGUCUGCGUCCGGUGGUGCCCACCAAAAAGAUGCCCAUCACUGAGGGUGUGGUAGAGAUUAAGUACAGGAACGGCUGGGUCCAGAUCUGUGAUGUGGGAUGGACCUCCAAAAACACUCGGGUCAUCUGUGGUAUGCUGGGGUUCCCUGACGAGAAAAAGGUCAACAAGAACUUCUACAAACUGAACAUAGAGCGUCAGAAGAACCAGUACCACCUCCACUCUGUGGCAUGUGUUGGCACUGAGGUCCACCUGGCAGCCUGCCCCCUGGAGUUCAACAAGGGUAAUGCCACAGGUUCCUGUAAGGGCGGCAUGCCAGUUGUGGUCAGCUGUGUACCUGGACCACAGUACGUACACAACAACGGACUGAAGAAGAAACUGAAAACCACGAGCAUGGUGAGGCUGAAGGGUGGUGCCAAGCUGGGUGAGGGCAGAGUGGAGGUACUGAGGAACAAUGAGUGGGGCACGGUGUGUGACGACCGUUGGACCCUGCUGUCUGCCAGCGUAGUGUGUAGGGAGCUGGGCUUUGGAUCUGCCAAGGAGGCCCUGACUGGAGCUCGCAUGGGACAAGGGAUGGGUCCUAUCCACAUGAAUGAGGUCCUGUGUCUGGGGACGGAGAAGUCGAUGUGGAACUGUGGCUUUAAGAACAUAACCUCAGAGGACUGCCAACAUGUAGAAGACGCCGCUGUGAGGUGCAACACGCCAUACAUGGCUCUGGAGAACUCGAUCCGCCUGACAGGGGGCCGUACGCGGUAUGAGGGGCGGGUGGAGGUGCUGAGCACAGAGGCUAACGGGACCAGGAUCUGGGGGCUGAUCUGUGGAGGGGCCUGGAGCACCAAGGAGGCCAUGGUGGCCUGCAGACAGCUGGGGCUAGGCUACGCUAACCACGGCCUGCAAGUGCGUAUCGUGGGAGGCAGGACGUACUAUGAGGGCCGUGUGGAGGUUCAGGUGGGGGCGCGGUGGGGCACGGUGUGUUCUGCCAGCUGGACCACUAAAGAGGCCAUGGUAGUCUGCAGACAGCUAGGCCUGGGAUACUCCAUGCAUGCCAUCACUGAAACAUGGUACUGGGACAGUAGUAACGUGACCGAGAUGGUGAUGAGUGGAGUGAAAUGUACAGGAAACGAGAUGUCUCUGAGCCACUGCCAGCAUCACAGGACUGUCAGCUGUCAGAAGACUGCUGCCAAGUUCUCUGCUGGGGUCAUCUGCUCAGAGACUGCAUCUGACCUGGUCCUGAAUGCUCCCCUGGUCCAGCAGUCCGUGUACAUUGAGGACCGCCCGCUACACAUGUUGUACUGCGCAGCGGAGGAGAACUGUCUGUCUAAGUCUGCUGCUAGUGCUAACUGGCCCUACGGACACCGCCGCCUGCUACGGUUCUCCUCUCAGAUCCACAACAUCGGACGGGCCGACUUCAGGCCCAAGGCUGGACGCCACUCCUGGGUCUGGCACGCCUGUCACGGCCACUACCACAGCAUGGAUAUCUUCACCCACUAUGACCUGCUGUCGUCCAACGGGACCAAGGUGGCUGAGGGACACAAGGCCUCCUUCUGUCUGGAGGACACUGAGUGUCACGAAGGUAUCUCUAAGAGGUAUGAGUGUGCUAACUUCGGAGAGCAGGGCAUCACCGUGGGGUGUUGGGACCUGUAUCGCCAUGACAUCGACUGCCAGUGGAUCGACAUCACCGACAUCAAACCAGGAAACUACAUCUUACAGAUUGUGAUCAAUCCAAACUUUGAAGUGGCAGAGAGUGACUUCACCAACAAUGCCAUGAAAUGCAAUUGCAAAUACGACGGACACCGGAUCUGGCUUCACAAUUGCCAUAUGGGUGAUGCCUUCAGUGAGGAGGCAGAGAGGAGGUUUGAGAAGUACCCAGGGCAGUUCAACAAUCAGAUCUCAUAAUCCUCCUGGCAACACACCAAUCUGUUCCAGACCCAUGUACAAACCAAAGAGGAGGGCUGAUGCCUUUCAUCAUGUUAAACAAUGGGACAACCAAUCACCCUUCAUCACCUAGCUACCUAUCAGAACCAACCAUUCAUCAGAUCACAAAGCAACCAACCAAUCACACGCCUAAAUUCCACAAGGCAGCAGUCUGAUCUGAAGGAUCUAUGCCAAAGUCAUGUUGUAUUGUGAAUGUGUUGGUGUGUGUCUCAGUUAGUAUUAUUGUUAUAUUAUACUGGAAUACUCAGUGCUUUGUUUUCAAAAACAAACUUACUUUAGAUGUUUUGUGAGUAUAUAAUGUUACAUUGCGUGACAGAAGAACAAUUCAUAAGCUUUCAUACAACUAGUCUUAAUGUAUGAUUUAUUGAUAUGCAACCUUUUUCAUUAAUGUUUUGUUUAAGUUCUGCAUGAAGUUUUAUUUUUAUAGCCAGUCUAGUUUUGAAAGGUGCUCCAGGAGAAGACCUCAUUGUUCUAACAGCAUGAGGCAUCAGUCAGAGAACCAUUCUACUGCCUCUCCUCAUAGACUUAGAUAGACAGCUCUAAAGCCCUAAAGCCCUAAAGCCCUAAAGCACAGCAGCGCCAUUGAGGACUUUCACCAUACUGAAGUAGUCAACUGGGUGGGACUUCCUAUUGGUUAAGGAAUGAUCACAUGAUUCCGCCCAGGUCAUCAGGAGGGAUCAGCCAAUGAAUUAUACUCCUGAGCAAACAUUCCGUAACUCCAGGGGGCAGUAAAUCCCCAACCAUGUCUUUAUACCUGUUCAGACAACACACUGGGGGCAGUAAAUCCCCAACCUUGUCUUUAUACCUGUACAGACACAGCCUCCAGGGGGCAGUAAAUCCCCAAACUUGUCUUUAUACCUGUUCAGACAACACCCUGGGGGCAGUAAAUCCCCAACCUUGUCUUUAUACCUGUACAGACACAGCCUCCAGGGGGCAGUAUGCAUGUUUGUUAACCAACUCAUAGAAGUCAUAGAGAAUGUCUUUAAUGGUGCCGCCCAUGCUGUCACAAAAGCUAUUAUGGCUCAGAUGUAAAGACACCUCCUUUAUCAACCUCUUUGAUCUCCAUGCAGUUCUGCUAUAGAUCAUAGUCAAGAUCUAAUUCUUAAGUGUUAAACCAUCCACCCCUGUCAAGUGUUAAACCAUCCACCCCUAGUCAGGUGUUAAACCAUCCACCCCUAGUCAAGUGUUAAACCAUCCACCCCUAGUCAGGUGUUAAACCAUCCACCCCUAGUCAGGUGUUAAACCAUCCACCCCUAGUCAAGUGUUAAACCAUCCACCCCUAGUCAGGUGUUAAACCAUCCACCCCUAGUCAAGUGUUAAACCAUCCACCCCUAGUCAGGUGUUAAACCAUCCACCCCUAGUCAGGUGUUAAACCAUCCACCCCUAGUCAGGUGUUAAACCAUCCACCCCUAGUCAGUGUGUCAUUGUGCCUGAUUGUACCAUCAGGUGUUUUAACGCGGUGCUCAGACCUAGUGGGACCUAGUGGUCUCUUAUGGUUUCAGCUGGUUGUGGAGUUCCUAUGGGGAUAUAGUUUAGAUUUGCUUUUACGCAAAGGGGACGAUUCCGAUGUAGGAAUUUACACCUUCCCACGCAGGCCUUUCCUACACACUUCUCAGUAUUUGGUAUUCAGACUUUGCUCAUUCAGUCUCGUAAUGCGCUCUGCAGGCGUGGUUCCCUUGCGCUCUGCAGGCGUGGUUCCCUUCCGCUCCGCAGGCGUGGUUCCCUUGCGCUCUGAAUAAACGUCAUUCAACCGAGGAAAACCCUCCCACUUGCUGCCCAACAGAUGUUCUCAUGGAGUUUUUAUUCAAUAGGGUUUUCAGUAGAUUUAUCUGAGGCCACCCCUUUAAAUACUGUGGACCUUUUAAUGUUGUCGACAGACUAGACUACAUGGAGACAACGGGUUCUGGGAUCAAUUUAAAUACUGUGUACCUUUUAAUGUUGUCGACAGACUAGACUACAUGGAGACAACGGGUUCUGGGAUCAAUUUAAAUACUGUGUACCUUUUAAUGUUGUCGACAGACUAGACUACAUGGAGACAACGGGUUCUGGGAUCAAUUUAAAUACUGUGUACCUUUUAAUGUUGUCGACAGACUAGACUACAUGGAGACAACGGGUUCUGGGAUCAAUUUAAAUACGGUGUACCUUUUAAUGUUGUCGACAGACUAGACUACAUGGAGACAACGGGUUCUGGGAUCAAUUUAAAUACGGUGUACCUUUUAAUGUUGUUUGACAGACUAGACUACAUUGAGACAACGGGUUCUGGGAUCAAUUAAAAAAAAAUAUAUAUAUAUAUAUAUACAACAAAAUUAAAAGGUACACUGUAUUUAAAGGGAUGGCUUCAGAUAAAUAUAUAUAUAUAUUUUGAUGGUUUUCUCUCAUGUAAAGGGGGUGGAAUUAUGAGGGAAUUAUGUCAAUGUUAGAAUACAGCGUAUCUGUAGACACAUCUCAUGUCUUAGCUUUCCAACCCAAACGAAUAGCGUUGAUAUUCUCAUGCUGAUGUUCAAGGUCAGAAUACACAGACAGGGUGCUAUUCUCAUGCUGAUGUUCAAGGUCAGAAUACACAGACAGGGUGCUAUUCUCAUGCUGAUGUUCAAGGUCAGAAUACACAGACAGGGUGCUAUUCUCAUGCUGAUGUUCAAGGUCAGAAUACACAGACAGGGUGCUAUUCUCAUGCUGAUGUUCAAGGUCAGAAUACGCAGACAGGGUGCUAUUCUCAUGCUGAUGUUCAAGGUCAGAAUACACAGACAGGGUGCUAUUCUCAUGCUGAAGUUCAAGGUCAGAAUACACAGACAGGGUGCUAUUCUCAUGCUGAUGUUCAAGGUCAGAAUACACAGACAGGGUGCUAUUCUCAUGCUGAUGUUCAAGGUCAGAAUACACAGACAGGGUGCUAUUCUCAUACUGAUGUUCAAGGUCAGAAUACACAGACAGGGUGCUAUUCUCAUGCUGAUGUUCAAGGUCAGAAUACACAGACAGGGUACAUGAAAAGGGAAUAACGUUCCAUUUACGAGCUCUUACCUCGGGUCGGAUUCGGCCUGAUACAGCACAGACCUGAAAGUGAAUCAUAUUUGUGAAUGUAUUUAUUGUCCAGUGUUUCCAGGUGCUAAAGGAUUAUUAUGCCAGACUGAGAAAAGGGAUAUUCAUUAGGCUACUAUACAUUAAACAACAGGCUGACUGAC